GAAAUGUCCGAAGUGGCUCCGGGUUUUAUUAGUUGUGGCGGUGAAUGAGCACAGUUGGUUUGGACGCGAGCAUCAAGGCAAACUUUGAAAAUAACCCGAUUUUGACACGCAGCGCCGUAGCUUUCCUUUAGCACAAAAGAACAGGCCCGAGCCUCGCCAAAGUGGAUUUAACAAAGGAAAUUGGUGCACACUGCGAUACGAGCUUGAAAAUAAUGUUAAUAACAGUAGAUGGACGCAGACAACUCCACCACAGACGCCUCUCAGCUGGGCAUCGCCGGAGAGUACGGCCACUAUGUCCUCCAGUCACAGGACGACGAGGGUGAGGAAGGUCUGAACGACCACGAUGACAGUGGGAUCAAAGAGAACUUCAGAGAGCAGGAUAUUUACCUGCCCAUCGCCAACGUGGCACGAAUCAUGAAGAACGCCGUGCCGACCACCGGAAAGAUCGCUAAAGAUGCUAAAGAGUGUGUUCAGGAGUGUGUGAGCGAGUUCAUCAGCUUCAUCACCUCAGAGGCGUCAGAGCGAUGUCAUCAGGAGAAGAGGAAGACCAUAAACGGAGAGGACAUCCUGUUCGCCAUGUCCACGCUGGGGUUCGACAUGUACGUGGAGCCGCUCAAACUCUACCUGCAGAAGUUCAGAGAGGCGCUGAAAGGAGAGAAGGGGAUGCCUGGAGUCACUCUGGGAGACGGAGUGGGAGACGAACUGGCCGACGAGAGCUUCUCGACCCCUCUCCCCGCCGGCAUCAUCACCUCAGACGGACAGCAGCAGAACGUCAUGGUCUACACCACCUCCUACCAACAGAUCCCCACUGUGCAGCAGAUCCAGUUUUCAUGACCUGAGUUUGACCUCCGCAAAAACUACAACUGUGAUGUCCGCCGACCUCCAAAGGUCAAAGUUGAGCAGGAGAGGCGUGUACAGAGGCUGCCUGCGCGGGUGGACAGUAGUGUAGUCAUUCAGCACCACACGAUUUGGGAUUUUUGGUUCAAAUCGGACGGAAAGAGGCUCUGUUUUUAAGGCUAGUCUUAAGAUUACACUGUAAAAACCCUAUCUGCUGGUGUAAAACCAACUCUUGUGAGCUUUAAGAUAUUUUCUAACGCUGUUACCUCCUCAAAAACACACCUGGAGUUGUGUUUGUGUUUGUUGUUUCAUUCACACACGUUUGAGAAGCAUUUUAUUAAUAGUCUGUCUACAUCUCCAAAGCUCCAAAUGCUUUGUUCCACCUUGUAGUUUUCAAGUGAACAGCUCAUUUUACCUUUAGUUCAGUAGAGAUUGGCAAUUCCAGGGCUGAAAUGAUCCAAAUGAUUCUAGUGAAGCUGUGAACAGUUUAAAAACGCAGUGGAGCACUUCCUGUAUUACCACAUGACCUCACAAGGUGGAAUUGAGUGUUUUCUGUCUGAGAGAAGAACUCAGCCUAAAUGUGCAGGGUUUGUGUGUUAAACAUGUGUGAAUGAAACAAAACACAACUCCAGUGUCCCGAAUGUCCACACUUUGCUCGACUUCGGGGUCACGCCAUUUUUACUGGCGUCCAAAUGUCCAUGCGGUGAAAACGUAUUGUAUUCAAAAUUUCCCACAAUGCAUCUUGGAAAGAAGAGGGUAUCGGUGGUCACUAGAGCAGUCAAUAUAGACCACAGUGCACUGGGAGAGUCGGGAAAACAACAGCGUACAGAUGUUUAACUGGACACAACAUGACUGAAUGAAGCAGACAUAAGUGCUGGUUUAUGGUUCUGAUCCUGAGUCUGAAUAAAACACUCAUUAUCUGUUUACUUUAGAUGUUAAAAGAGCGAAAAUGUCCACAUUUCAGACAAAAAUCAAAUAAUCCAGUCCGUUAACGUGAAAUCCAGAGUCACAAAAAUGGAUAUGAUUAUUAAUAGUCCUUAAACAUGUGAAACAUCUGAUCUGAUCUUUAUUUAUGACAGAAAUCAAGUUUUAUCAAAGUUUAGUUUUAACUUUUUUUCACCCAAACACCAGAGUCACGUGACCCGGAUGUAGUGAGCUGCGUGUCCGAAUCUCUCUGUGAAUGAGUGCACUGUAGAGGGUAGUGUCGUAGUACUCAAGACCGGGCUCGGCCUUUUCUUUGGGGUCUUUGUCUCAUCUCGGACUCGACUGCGUUUCGAUUUCGCUCUUGUCUCGGUUUUGAAGGCGUGUGGACUCGGUCUUGUCUCAGUCUUGAAGGUGCUUGGACUCGGUCUCGUCUCGGUCUCGUCUCGGUCUUGUCUCGGUCUUGAAGGUGCUUGGACUCGGUCUUGUUCUCGGUCUCGUCUCGGUCUUGUCUCGGUCUUGAAGGCACUUGGACUCGGUCUUGUCUCGGUCUUGAAGGCGCAUGGAUUCGGUCUUGUCUUGGUCUUGUUCUCGGUCUCGUCUCGGUCUUGAAGGCGCAUGGACUCGGUCUUGUCUCGGUCUUGAAGGCGUGUGGACUCGGUCUUGUUUCGGUCUUAAAGGCGUGUGGACUCGGUCUUGUCUCGGUCUUGAAGGCGUGUGGACUCGGUCUGGUCUCGGUCUUGAAGGCGUGUGGACUCGGUCUUGUUCUCGGUCUCGUCUCGGUCUUGAAGGCGUGUGGACUCGGUCUUGUUCUCGGUCUCGUCUCGGUCUUGAAGGCGUGUGGACUCGGUCUUGUCUCGGUCUUGAAGGCGUGUGGACUCGGUCUGGUCUCUCUGGUCUCAGUCUUGAAGGCGCUUGGACUCGGUCUUAUUCUCGGUCUCG